AUGCCUCGUCGACCUAACAAUCACUUCGCCAGCAACUCCCCUUCCGCAAACCCGCCGUCCUUUUCGUCCGCGAACGAAAAGGGCGGCGUUUCUAUCAAUCCGUCAAAACCUACAUCUGGGAAACCUAACCGAUUGAGCCAGCUCUUUUCCUCCUCACCCAAGAUCAAACCAGAAACUCAUACUACUGCCCAGGCCUCCCUACUUGCCGCAAGCAGAGGGUCUCUCAAUCCUAACGGUUCGCAGAUCAGUUCUCCCUCGUUGUCCCUACCAACAAUUUCUCUUUCCACAGCAACCGCAGAUUGCAUCAACAUGGACGAGCCUCCAACAACUCUCUUUCAACCUCCUUCGCCGGGCGAAACUCGUCGCCUAGCUAAACAGCAUGCCCAAUUCGGCCCCAUUGGUCACCCUAGCCACCGGUAUACCUCAAAGCACCAGGGGGGUGAAUUCCCCGAUCCUAUUAUCGAUGAGCCACCGUACUACUACCUUUUCACGACCUACAUCAGCUACUUAAUCCUAAUAGCAUUCGGGCACGUGCGUGAUUUCUUUGGAAAAAGAUUCAGGGAAGAAAAUUACAAACAUCUCAAACCUCGGAAUGGUUAUGGCGCGUUGAACAGUGAUUUUGAUAACUUCUACAUCCGGCGUCUAAAGAUGCGUAUCAAUGAUUGUUUUGAGCGUCCCGUGACUGGAGUGCCAGGACGUUAUAUUACUCUGAUCGAUCGAAUGAGCGAAGACCAGAAUCGUCAUUUUCGCCUCACUGGUACCUUCACGGACACUUUGAAUAUGAGCUCGUACAACUACCUUGGUUUCGCGCAGUCUGAGGGCCCAUGUGCUGAUGCUGUUGAGGAAACAAUCAAAAGAUACGGUAUCAGCUCCGUUGGCACUAGGGUUGAUGCUGGUACUCAAGACCUGCAUAUCGAAGUGGAAGAUCUUGUUGCCAAAUUUGUCGAGAAGGAGGCUUCCAUGAUAUUUUCAAUGGGAUUCGGAACCAAUGCAAGCAUUUUCUCUGCCCUGGUAUCAAAGGGGUGUUUGAUCAUUUCUGACGAAUUGAAUCACGCAUCCAUUCGUUUUGGUGCCCGUCUAUCGGGCGCGUCGAUUGAAAUGUUCAAGCACAACGAUGUCAAGGCUCUAGAAAAGAAAUUGCGUGAGGUAAUUUCCCAAGGGCAACCACGCACCCAUAGACCGUGGAAGAAGAUCCUGGUCGUCGUCGAGGGACUCUACUCUAUGGAGGGAACGAUGUGCAAUCUACCCGGUAUUCUUGCUUUGAAGAAGAAAUACAAGUUCAACCUUUUUAUCGAUGAAGCACACUCAAUCGGCGCCAUCGGGCCCAGAGGAAGAGGCGUCUGCGAUUACUUUGGCGUUGAUACGAAUGAUGUUGAUAUUCUCAUGGGAACCCUCACCAAGUCCUUUGGUGCCAACGGCGGUUAUAUUGCUGCGGAUAAAGUCAUCAUCGACAAGCUACGGGCUUCGAAUGCCGCAGUGUUCUACGGCGAGGCGCCUACCCCACCUAUCCUUGCUCAGAUUUCAACAUCCCUUAGAAUCAUCAACGGCGAGCUCUCCCCUGGUGAGGGCGAAGAAAGACUACAAAGACUCGCAUUCAAUUCCCGUUAUCUUCGUCUUGGUUUGAAGCGCCUUGGUUUUAUCGUAUACGGUAAUGACGACUCCCCAAUUAUUCCCCUCCUUCUUUUCAACCCCGCCAAAAUGCCAGCGUUCUCCCAUGAAAUGCUCAAACGGAAAAUCUCCGUCGUCGUCGUUGGAUACCCCGCGACCCCCCUAGUAUCAUCACGAGCUCGAUUCUGCGUAUCGGCUGCCCACACCAAAGAGGACCUCGACCGCUUACUCUUAGCAUGCGACGAGGUUGGCAAUGUCCUGCAACUCAAAUUCUCGAGCGGUGUUGCUGGCGGUGUGCUACCAUCCCCAGAAGGAGAAACGUACGAUGAUGAAAAGAAUAACGGCCUACAUUCCGGCAAAAAAAUUGUACAUAUCACCCCUCCCAGAUGGAGAUACGAGGACGUGAUCCGGCGUGGCGUGCAGGAUGUGAAACUACCACUUCGGUAA